GUUUCAUUCUCGUGUUGCCACCGUCGUGCUUCGAAAAUGGCGGCAAAUGAUAUACAAGGAUACGAACUACAAUGCAAGUUAAACUUGCUAGAUCUUAUUCCUGUUGAAAAAUAUAAGUCAACACUCACUGGGCUCACUAUUUGUGUUGCUAAUGUUGAAGGACCGCUGGUCAAUGGGUAUUUUUGUCUUGCCACUGAGGCCCAUGAUGAUGAUGGACUUCCUCAUACAUUGGAACAUUUAGUGUUUAUGGGAUCUGAAAAGUAUCCAUACAAGGGUCUUCUAGAUUUAUUUGCAAACAGAUGUCUGGCACAAGGGACUAAUGCAUGGACAGAUGUUGAUCAUACAAGCUAUACACUUACAACUGCAGGAAGUGAAGGAUUCCUCAACAUGCUUCCAAUUUACUUAGACCAUAUUCUUUAUCCAACUUUGACAAAAUCUGCUUACAUAACAGAGGUUCAUCACAUUAAUGGUGAUGGCGAAGAUGCUGGUAUAGUUUAUUGUGAAAUGCAGGCCAGGGAAAAUACUGAAAGCAGUAGAACAUAUUUAGAAUUCACACGAGCGAUGUAUCCAGGCAUCUGUGGCUACAAGAGUGAGACUGGUGGGAUGACCAAAAACCUGAGGACAUCAUGUAGUCACGAAAAGGUUUGCACCUACCACGCAUCAUUUUACCGUCCAGAGAAUCUAUGUGUUAUCGUCACUGGACAGGUUGAAUCAAGAAAUGUUUUGAAAGUCGUCAGUGACUACGAAAAAAUAAUUCUUGAAAAGGUAUUUCACAGUUAUGGUAUUAUUCCAAGAUCACUUUUGGGGCUCGGGGAUUUAUCAAUCCUUUUUUUGAAACCAGCUUUCUUUUGCCUUUCAUUGGCCAAAACCCUUUCUAAUUUUUUAAAGAAUAUUUUGUUUUAGCCAGAAGAACACCUGACUGUUUUUUGGGCAAA